UUGUAUUGAUUGCAAGUUCGUAGUGUCAUCAUUUGUGAUUGUGAAAACAGCUGCUUAGCGAAGAUCAGUUAUUUAUUUUAGAUGUAGAUCUAGAUCUAGUAAAUGUAGAUCUAGAUCAAGAAUAAUCUUGUAAAAAUUUAAUAAUGCACUUAAACUUUUCAUUUUUUUGUGGUUAAUUUUUAUUGCUAGAGUAGAUCUAAAUAAUUCAUUAUUCAAGCUUGGCCUGACAAUACAAGUCUAACAAGUUGAAUCUUCACCAAGAUUUGAACCUUGGACCAAUAGUUCAGAAGUCAAGCAAUUUACAACUCAGCCACCACGCCUCCAAUCACUAAAUUGACUAAUUAUCUUUGAUACACUUAUUCAUUUUUUUUUUAAUGUUUGGAUAAUGUCACAAGAGCAAGAUCCAGAUGAUGCUGAUUUGACAACCAAUAAUAACUCUGGGCACAUUGUGGUAGAUAAUGCAGAAAAUAACAAUGUAGGAGGAGCAUCACUGUAUAAUAAGGAAGAUGAUGAGGGUCAUGAGGAGGAAAACCCAUCACCAAACACUCAUUCAUCAGUUCUUAAUAGAGUUAUAGAAAGAGGUGGUGAAGGUGAUGUGAAAAAGGAUGAAGAAAAUGAUGAUGACUUGUGGCUAAGUGAUGAAGAAGAUGAAGAUGAAAAUUACACAGAUGAUGAAGCUGAGCCUGAUCCAUCAUCUCUGGUUCGAGUUCCUGUUCCGGUUUCAGAGUUACCAGAAACUGUAACUCUGCUUGAAAAAGACGGCUGCCUUGUGUACAUUGUAGGAACUGCUCACUUCAGUAAAGAAAGUCAAGAUGAUGUAUCUAAGGUUAUUCAGUCGACCAAGCCACAUGUUAUCAUGGUAGAAUUGUGCCAGAGUAGAGUUAACAUCUUAAAGAUGGAUGAGGAGAAGAUUCUGGAAGAAGCUAAAAAUAUAAAUAUGAGUACAAUUCAGCAAGUUAUAAAAAGGAAUGGUUUGAUGCAGGGAAUAUUAAACAUUCUUUUGCUCAAUAUGUCAGCAUACAUCACUAAAGAGCUUGGCAUGGCACCUGGAGGUGAAUUUAGAGUAGCUUUUAAUGAGGCACAGAAAUUAAAAGGUGGCUGCCGAUUUAUUUUGGGUGACAGACCAAUCCAGAUCACUUUACGGAGGGCCUUAGCAUCAUUAAGUAUAUGGCAAAGAAUAAAACUAGCAUAUGCAAUUUUGUUUUCAAAGGAGCCAAUUACAAAAGAAGAUGUUGAAAAGUGUAAACAAAAAGAUAUGUUAGAACAAAUGAUAGAAGAGAUGACUGGAGAAUUCCCAGCACUUGGCAGGGUGUUUGUAAAAGAGCGAGAUAUUUAUCUUGCAAAUUCACUUCGUAAAAUUGCCCAACCAAUACCAUGUCCUGAUGCACCUGAUGGUAAAAUUCCAAGUGUGGUUGUUGGUGUAGUAGGCAUAGGGCAUGUGCAAGGUAUUAAAGAAAAUUGGGACAAAGAACUGGAUGUAGAUGAGAUCUGCAAAUUACCCACAGCUUCAGUGUUGUCAAUCAUCACAAAGUGGGGAUUCCGUCUGGGAACAUUAGGAUUGCUAACUUAUGGCUGCUAUCGAAUAACCAAGUUGACCCUGAUUCCCUGGAUUUCACUUCUAAAUAAAUGAGACACAAUAUUUACAUAGGAUUUUUUUUUUGUACAAACCAAUCUUCCAUUUUAGGUUGUGGGUAAUUAACAACCUCUUCUCUUUUGCAAUGAAGAACUCAGCAUUUUCAUACACCAAUAUUAUUAAACACUUGUGUCAUCAUACAUACCUUGUAGACUACUGAUAUUAUUUUUGUUGAAAAGUUUUAAUAUUAUGUAAUUUUCUUUGGUAUGACAACUUAUAAAGUAAGACUGGCAUCUAGUCAUCAUUUUUUCUUAUCAAGUUAUAACUAUUUUGAUUUACUGCUAACACUUAAAGACAUUCAAAUCGGUCAAGCAGCAUUUUUUUUCCAUCUAAUAUUAAAAAUCAGUAAAUGCAUUGGUAACCUAAUUAUUAUUAUUUUUUUUCAUUUAAAAAAUUUUUUUGGAAGCCUUGUGUAGAUUUUGUUUAGUUUUGUAUUUUUGUGUGUGAAUAAAUAUUAAUAAAAAGUGUGGUAAAGAUUGUAAGCGUAUAAGUUUGCAAUUCAAAUAAUAUGGGGAUCAUUAUAAUUAAUAUUCUGUCCAAUGGAGAUAUUUACUUUCAUUAUUUUUGUAAAGAUAUAUUUGAAAAAAGUUACGACUUUUUAAUAGGUUAUAACAUAAUCAGAUCUGAUUAACCAUUUGUUAUAAAAACAUUUUUGCAAUUUAUAGAAUUACUGAAUAAAAAAAAAACAAGUUCAGUUAUCUAAAUAUGCUCAGGAUAUUAUUUAGUUUAUUUUCCUAAAUUUGACCACUGUUUGAAAUGAAAUGUUCUAUAAAAAAAAUUGCCAUCAGAUUUUGCAUGAUAAAAGUCAAGUUUCAAAUAAGUUUAUUAAUAAGGCUUUUUCUUUGAGUCGUAAGAUUAAUGUUGAGUAUAUUUCAAGUGGCUACGCAGUCCAAGCUGUGACGUACGUAUUUUGCCACUUCCCGUGCAGACAUACCGCCAGUGGUCAAUUUAAAUUUGAUUAGUAUGUGGUUAAUAAAACUGAAUUUGGAUUAGAAAUGGAAAAGAAAAGCAACAUGGAAAUUAUAAAUUGUAAUGCUGGUUAUUCUCACAAUGUUAAGAAAAUCUUGACAUUUGAGUCAUGUCUUCAUUGACAAUUGCCUCUUUAAUGUUAAUACAUAGUGUCUUUAUUUUGAACUAAGUAUAAUGCUGAAAGUGUAUAUGUGUACCAUAAUAUAAAUGUACUGUUGUUUUUUUCUCUAAAUUUUUAUCAUGUUUUUUUUAUUGAAGUAUAUAUAUUUAUAUCUUUUUUUUUUGUUGUAAAUUAGCCUUAUGUGUAUAAUUUGAAACCUUUCUGGUAUUUUCAUUUUUUAAAUGGUCUUUGGGAAAUCAAUCUUUAAUUUUUUUUUUCACAAUUUAUUAAAAACCUUACUUUUGUUUUUCAGCUCUUUCAAAUUAGGUUUGUCUUUUCUAUUAAAAUGUUCAAUAUUUUUUCUGCUAUUGAUUUUUAUUUGUUUAUGACAAUUGUUGCUUUUCUUUUUUUGUUUAAAUAUAAAUAUGAAUGUAAAUAAACACAGUUUAUUACAUCUAGCUGAAGCUAUUCAUAUGUUUGAAAUAUAAUUGAUGUAGACAUUUAUUAUUCCCUAAAGCAGAAAAUGUUUUCCCCUAAUUUUAUAAACCAAAAGAAUGUUGCAGCAGCAACUAAACUUUUACUGCAGUAAGUUAUAAAUGGUUCGAAUCAAAUUAUUUUUUUUAUUUAUCAUUUGAAAAUCUUGAAUAAAAUUACUAAGUUGAUAGUGAGUUUCAUAUUUUCAUAAUUACUGUUAUAAGCAUUUAAAUUGGUGAUAUGGCAUAUGACAAUAUUUUUACAUUAAUCAAGAAUCAGUUUGAUGGAAGCAGAUUGCAUGUCAUUUUUUUUCCUCUUCCCUCUAUUCAACACCAUCUAUUAUGAAAAUAAUCAAAACUUUAUACUCAGUGAGUGUCUCUUUAUCUUUUUCUUGUUUAAAUAAAAUGUAUUACAAAUAUAUCAAAGUAA